AUGGGGCCUGAGACGAACGGGUAUAGAACUACGUGCUGGUUUAAAUUUGGUAACCGUGGAGUUGACUCUGAAGGAGCUGGCAUAUAUGGGAGUCAGAAGCGGGAUGAUUUCGAUAGGGACGAUGUAGAACAGUAUUUCAAUUAUAUGGGAAUGCUUGCUGUUGAAGGUUCAUAUGAUAAAAUGGAGGAACUUCUAAGCCAAAACAUUCAUCCUGUGGAUAUCUUGUUGAUGUUAGCUGCUUCUGAAGGUGAUAAACCUAAAAUUGAGGAACUAAUUAGAGCAGGUGCUAACUAUAAUAUCAGAGAUGGAGAUGGAAGGACAGCUUUGGAUAGAGCAGCUAGCGAUGAGAUCAAGGAAUUUAUCUUAGGCUUCUCGGUUCAGAAAGCAUGA